AUGGCACAUCACUCACACCCCUACCAUAUAGUUGACCCCAGCCCAUGACCCCUAACAGGAGCUAUUGCCGCCCUACUAAUAACGUCAGGACUCGCAGUCUGAUUCCACUUCCACUCCACCUCUUUGAUACUACUCGGGACAAUUUUACUUACCCUAACAGUAAUCCAAUGAUGACGAGACAUCGUACGAGAAGGAACAUUUCAAGGCCAUCACACCCCACCAGUCCAAAAAGGCCUCCGAUACGGAAUAAUCCUCUUCAUCACAUCAGAGGUACUAUUUUUCCUAGGCUUUUUCUGAGCAUUCAACCACUCAAGCCUGGCACCCACACCAGAACUAGGAGGCAACUGACCCCCUGCGGGCAUUACCCCCCUAGACCCCUUCGAAGUGCCCCUCCUUAAUACAGCUGUUCUACUUGCCUCAGGGGUCACAGUCACCUGAGCUCACCACGCAAUUAUAGAGGGCAAGCGAAAACAAGCCAUCCACGCCCUAGCCUUAACAAUCCUCCUUGGGUCUUACUUCACCUUCCUCCAAGCCAUGGAGUACAAUGAGGCACCAUUCACAAUUGCAGAUGGGGUCUACGGCUGCACCUUCUUCGUAGCCACUGGCUUCCACGGGCUCCACGUCCUUAUCGGCUCCACAUUUUUAGCUAUUUGCCUUGCUCGCCAAAUUCAACAUCACUUUACAUCAGAACAUCAUUUUGGAUUCGAAGCAGCCGCAUGGUACUGACAUUUUGUAGACGUUGUAUGACUUUUCCUAUACAUUUCAAUUUACUGAUGAGGAUCAUA